AUGGUCCGCGGUGCAGAAUUCGACAACGGUGUUCCCCAAAGCGACAACCCUAUCGAGAACGGUCCCAACAAGGCCCAUGGAGUUGGCAAUGAGCCUGCAGACCUGAGCCGCUCCCACAAGGCUGCCCCCAUGCCAGAGCAGACUGGUUCCGGCCGUGACGUUCACCCUGGCUUACCUACCGCUGGAUCAGAUCAUCCCCACGGCGGUGCUGCUAAGCCGAUCUCACUUGACGAAAACAACACUGCUGGCAAACAAUAG